GAGGAGCGGAUUGUUAGUCUGACCGAAAUGGAUCUGGACUCCCUGAAGUACGCCGAGUUGCAAAGACUCGCUAAAACCAUUGGACUUAAGGCAAACGUUAAGGCAGAUAAGCUGCUAAACACAAUCAAGCAGCAUUAUCAACAAAAUCAGGAGCCCCCACAGCCAAAGCAUGGACAGGGAAAUGAGAAUGGCCCUGUCGAUGUUGUAGAGGAGGAAAAUUCCUCACCAAACCUCGUCCAAGAAGAGAAAAAUGGGACAUCUGAAGAGCCAGCUUUCACUAUGUCAUUGUUUGUGAACAAACGCCGUGGGAAAGCGACCAAGACCAAGAGAAAGUACUCUGACAGUGAAACUAAAACAGCAUCUGAUACCCAGCUGCUGCCUGAUGCUAUCGAGGAUGGAGAAGGGGCUGCAUCCAGUGCUGAUGGUGGAACUAAGAAUCCUAAGAGGACACGCUUGUGUUCUCCCAGGGUUUCAAGGGCUAUAGGGACACCUGAGGAGGAACCCCUGGCAUCCAGUGAUAAGCAGCAGUCUGAGAUCAAGGAUGAAGUCCCUGCACUCGCUGAUAAAGAUGGUAAACCACCGGCGUGUAAAAUCCCUCGUUAUGAAGCUCUCAAGAAAAAACAAGGGCGUUUGUUGAAGCCUGCUACUCCCAACUUCAAAAAGCUCCAUGAAGCUCAUUUCAACAAGAUGGAGUCCAUCGACUUGUAUGUCCAAAGGAAGACAAAGCAGAUGGAGACAUACAGAAAUGAAGUAAAACAGCUGAAGUUGCUCUCAGAAAAGACUAUUUCAAAGCCAGCUGAUGGGAAAAUGAAAGCGGCAAAUCCCUGUGGUGCGUCAAUAUUCAGCCCGGUGGCAGUAAAUAAGAGACCAGCUGAAGACAAGCGUGGACGCAUGCUGCCGGCCAGUAAGCCUCAGCAGAGUAAGCCCGCUCGAAAGGAAGAUGCUUCAUUCAGACCGUCUGUGCUUUCCACUCGCAGAAUCAAUGUUCGGUUUUCCCAAGCCACACAUGAUGAGAACAAAAGGUCCUUGGUGAAGACACCCGUACGUAUGUCCCCAUGCGUGGCCUCAAGCACCCCACGAAAGCAAACCAGUAAUGGAGGGAGGCUGAACAGUGCCAAGACAUCAACUGCCUCUGCCACAAAGACACCAGGACCGUUUGUUUUCACCGGCAACACAAGUGUCUCAAACACACCUGGAACCAAUAAGAAGUUAACCUUUGACCUUAAAGCGAGUCUGUCUCGUCCCCUCGCCUACAAGCCUCAUAAAGGGAAGCUGAAGCCUUUCGGAGAAAGUAAAGAAAACGCAGAGAAAAACCAGCCUCCGUCUUCCCACUCGCGUCAGAAACGUUACAAACAGCACCAGGUCCAGACACGGGAGGAAAGGAGAGCGACGCACCUGGAUGGGAGGAAGCAGAAGAAGGAGCGUAUGCUGGGGGCGAGAAGAGGUCUUCUCAUGACAUAAACGUGCUCCCGCGUCUGGAAGCCUGUACAGCCCGUUACUGUAAAUAGC